CGCGCAGUGGUGGGCGUUCCUCGGUGUCCGCUCCUCCGUGUCCGCUCACUGUUGACGCUCAGAAGGGUUUUUUUUUUUUUUUUGGGAUCUCCUCCACCACGAACAGCUCUCCCGAUGUUUCUUCCUACGCUUGUGGAGGACAUGCAUCAUUUUAAGCCGAGUCGAGACAGACUGUACACCACCAGGUGUUGCGGAUGUUGCCAUGUCCGGACGGGGACGAUCAUCCUGGGAACCUGGUACAUGGUGGUCAACCUGUUGAUGGGCAUCCUGCUGACUGUAGCUGUGACCCACCCAGAGAACGUGCCAACCAUUGACUUGCAGUAUGAGGUCAUCGACCAUUACUUUGCCUCUGACAGGAUGUCUGAGAAUGCCUGUGUUGGAUUUGCCAUCUCUCUGCUGAUGCUCACUAUCAGUGCCAUGAUGGUGUAUGGAGCCAUUACUCAUCGUGACGGCUGGCUCAUCCCGUUUUUCUGCUACCAGCUGUUUGACUUCGCUCUGAGCUGCCUGGUGGCCAUCAGUUCUCUCACUUACCUGCCCAGGAUCAAGGACUACCUGGACCAGCUGGCACACCCACACCACCAUAUGCAUUCCUACCUUCCCUCACUAUCCCUUUCUGAACACCCAUUACGCCCUGCCCUCUCCCUCUGACCCACUGUGUAUGUGUAAGGCCACUGAAAAAUGUUUUGUCUGACCCGUCCCCUCUCUGUAUUUCUGUAUCGAGCAUCCUGGAGGUGUGAGAGGAGGAAAGGUGGGAAAAGACUGAAAUCUGAAUGAAUGUGAUGUUUGAAAAGCUACCAGCCCUCCCCUCCCCACUCCCACUCUAGCCUUUUUUUAUGUCUUAGUAAAAGGGAUACAUGUGAAAAUUGCUUGAAAUGCUAUCAUCAAUCCAGCACCAUCCUAUCUAUAGAUUGAUAUAUGAAGUG